AUGACCUCCCCAUAUGAGAUUGCACUGCGUCUUCAGACUGUCAAGUAUUUUAAGAGCUUGGCGGUCUUGGUCUUUGACUAUUGUAUCAAACUAGAAGCCGAGAUCAGCCUCACUUGGGGGAGGAAGUGGGAUUUUAUUCGGAUCCUUUUCGUGGUGGCUCGAUACACACCUUUUGUUGACAUCCCAGUGGACUUGAUUUAUUCCCUCGGACCCACGUCACCACAGCUUUGCUUGUCGCUCUACCAAGUCAUCUCGUGGUUUAACGUGUUUGGCACCAUCGCUGCAGAAUCGCUCCUUCUUGUUAGGACAUACACGCUAUGGGGAAAAAACAGAGUGUUGCUUAUUGCCCUACUACUUCUUGCGCUGGGCUGCAUCGCAGGAUCUGCGGUGGUCGGUGCCGAGGCUUUAUCCUGGUUCAAUUACCAGGAUCCCCCACUAGGAACUUCUGGUUGUUAUCAAACCCAAAGAAUUGCAAUAUACGCAGUUAACUACGCACUGCUGGUUCUUUUUGAGACAGUCAUAUUAUGCCUCAAUGUUUUUCAAGCCUGGCGUCGCCGAAAACAACAGUCGAACCAUCUCAUUAUGCGUCUGUACUGGGAUGGUAUAUUUUAUGUUCUAUGUAUACUGGCAAUGUCAUUGGCCAACAUCAUAAUUAUAGGUUUCCUUCCGUCCGAAUAUGCGGAGUCUCUGGACACACUCCAGUUGGUGUUUCACAGCGUUUUAUCCUCCCGCCUUCUUUUCAACUUGCGAGCCAUCAUGAAACGACGACACGAGCAAGCCAUCUUAGUCAUGAGAAUGGACUCAGAUGGAUCCGAUAUUCCUUUGCGCUAA